GUGACUGCGAAAGUGCAGGAGCUCGUGAAGAGGGCUUGUAUUUUGUAAACAACAUGGCGCAACACGGACUGGGCUAGAAAAACUACUCCAGUUUGGACAAAAUCCAUAUUGAAAACAUUUCCCACAUAUAACACUUUUUGUCUUUGUCUAACUUGUAUCGAUAUAUCUGACGAAGGAUUUAGCUUCCAGUACAGUGCCAAGGAACUGUCAACGACAAUAACAUAGGGGCUCUCGGUCUAUGGGCUCUCAGUCCAGUUCUGGGAUGUCCGGCGGUCGGGGUUCCAGCGGCAACCCAGACCAGUCUGAUCAGGAAUCCAACCAGAGCAGCGGCACACGGGGCAACAGAGCUGCAGAGAGACAGUCUACCGCUGAAGAGGACGUUGAUUUAGCGCAAGUGCUGGCUUACUUACUGAGGAGGGGCCAGGUGAGGCUGGUCCAUGGCAGUGGGGCGACAGGGCUGCAGCUCGUCCAGUCAUACUCGGAUUCUGACGAGGACAGCGAUGGAGCGUGGGAGGGUCGCCUUGGAGACCGCUACAACCCCCCUGUGGACUCCCAGCCAGACACGCAGGACGUGGACCAGAGUGAGAUCAGAACCCAGAUCCUCCUGGCUACCGCCUCCUCAGCCCUGAGGGGCAGAAACAGCUUCACACACAUGCUUACAGAGAGGGAACAAGGCAGGUGUCUCGGCUCCAGUUUUUCUCAUGGGGAGUGCAGCCGUAUCCGCUCACACUUCCUGCCCAACUGUGUGUCGUGUAAAGACACCUACAGACAGAAAGCCUUCUGCGGGGUUUACAGUGAGGAUGGCAACAUGUUCCUCUCUGCCUGCCAAGACCAGAACAUCCGCCUGUAUGACACCAGCAGGGGUGGGUUGAGUCUGAAGCGGGCGGUGAAGGCCAGGGAUGUGGGCUGGAGCGUCCUGGACGCGUGCUUCUCCCCCGACGCCAGCUGCGUGCUCUACUCCAGCUGGUCUGACUACAUUCAUGUGUGCAGUAUUGAGGGAGACAGUGAAACUCACACGGCACUGGACCUCAACCCAGAUGAGAGGAGGUUCUGUGUGUUCUCUCUGGCCGCGUCUACGGACGGGAAGGAGAUCCUGGGAGGGGCAAACGAUGGCCGCCUCUAUGUCUUUGAUCGUGAACAGAACAAGAGAACGUUAAAGAUUGACGCCCAUGAGGAUGAUGUGAACGCAGUGGCGUUUGCAGACAGCUCCUCCCAGCUGCUGUUCUCCGGCAGCGAUGACGCGCUGUGCAAGGUCUGGGAUCGCCGCACCCUGCGUGAGGACCGCCCCCAGCCUGUGGGUCAGCUGGCCGGGCACAGAGACGGCAUCACCUUCAUCCACAGCAAGGGCGACGCUCGCUACCUGAUCAGCAACUCCAAGGACCAGUCCAUCAAGCUGUGGGACGUGAGGAGGUUCUCCCCCAAGGAGGGGCUGGCCGCAUCCCGGCUGGCCGUCACCCAGCAGAACUGGGACUACCGCUGGCAGCAGGUCCCCCAAAGAGCUCUGAAGAGACACAAGCUGACAGGAGACACGUCGGUCAUGACGUACCGGGGGCACGGCGUGCUGCACACUCUGAUACGCUGCCGCUUCUCUCCUGAGUUCACCACCGGACAGAGGUUCAUCUACACAGGCUGCUCCACGGGCAAGAUCCUCAUCUAUGACGUGCUGACCGGCAGCGUUGUGUCCCGGCUGUCGGACCACGAGGCCUGUGUGAGGGAUGUGACCUGGCACCCUUACAAGGACAGCAUCAUCAGCAGCUCUUGGGAUGGUGCUGUGCGAUUGUGGGAGCACAGACAGACCCAUCCGCUCAACGAGGACAGAGAGAGGGAGAGGGAGUAGGGCCAAGGAAAGGCAGGAAGUGAAGUCAUAGGCAGGAUCCACCAGUCGAGAGAGAGUGAGGGCCUCUCUCAGAGCGAGAUGUUAAAGCUCACACUAUCAAUGCUGGAUAAUAAAGUGUGAUGUGUAAAGUGUUAUUCUCCUGAUGUGGUCCUCCUAACUUCCCCUAGAUAUAAUAACAUUGUAUUCAGAAACCUGCAGGAAAGGGUGGAGUUUUCAUGUGACAUUGGAGCCUUUUUGUCACUUUUUGGAUGUGUUCCCACUGACAUGCAGUGUGUUAGAAGCUGUGUGUGGCGUGUUGCUCUGGAGAUCCUCAGUCGAUUUUAAUGACGACAGUCUUCUGGUGCUUUGUUUAAAAUAAUUUCAUAAAUAAUGUUAACAUUAAAUGAAAAAAGUAUGUCAUAAAUACUAGGGAAAUCGUAAGAAUCAUUCAUAAAUAAUGGGAAUAAUUCAUUAUAAAUAAUGUAUUAUAUUUUAUCGUUAUUAUUGUCCAGGGGUGGAAAAUAAACACAAGAUUUUGUAGCCUGAUGUAAACAUUUUCCAGUUGAAAGGUUUGAAUGUGUGUUUGUGCUGGGAUGAUAUAGGGUGAAGGGUAGAAUAUGUGUGGAUGGUAUUUGAGUGUAUUUAUAUCUCAAUGUCCAUAUUUCACUCUCAAAACAAUGUUUUACAAUAACAAAUAAAAUAUUUCUUUAAAUGUUAA